AUGUUGGCUGAAGACGUAAUUCGUACGUUGAUUAUUAUCACAAUUAUCACAAGUUUCGAAAUUAUUCAAGUCGUGAGUUUAAGGACUUGUAAAAGUGUUCAACUGCAGGACGGUAAUGGAAUAAUUUUACAUUGGUUAGAGACGCCUGUUGGAGAAUAUCGUCCAUCGAGUCCAAUGUGCAUUGACAAGUCAAAUAAUAUUUUGCAACGCAGAUGUAUGGAAGGAGAAUUUUGGGAAGAUUUUGAACCACAACGAUGUACAUUCUACGCAUUGAAGAAAUUUUUAUACUGCCCUUAUGGAAUGAAAAAGCUCGAAAUUGAUGGCAGUGAAUUGUGCUUAUCAGUGACCGAGCCCAAAAAAUGGGAAAAUUCUUGUCUGCAAUUUGGCGAAACGAAAACCAUUUUCGAUCUAUCAAAAGACAAGUUUAAUGAAAUAAUUAAUUAUUUAAAGAUUGAAAAGGAAACUAAUGAAUUUUGGAUACCAGCAAAACGUUCACAAAGUUAUAAUCCAUUUCAAAUGCAAAUAAUUGGUAAAAAUUGGGGAAUUCCAAUUCAUUUUGACGACUAUGACAUUCAAAUUAAAGACGAAUAUAAAGAUUUUUGUCUCAAGUUGGUCAGGGACAAAGACACUUUCAAUUUUAAAUCAGAAAAUUGCGAUGCAAAGCUUCGGGAAGUUUGUAUUUAUGAUAGUAAAUCGGUGAUGGAACUUGCGUGUAAAAACAGUUUCACAUCUAGAUAUGCUUAUCAUGAAAAUAAAUGUUAUUCAAUGGAGAGAACCACAAACAGUCAAAGUAAACAACUUUUUAAAGCUACGAAAUUAUAUUCACGGAUGUUUAUUAAAGAUCUGAUGAAGUCCUUUAAACUCGACGAUGAUGAUCGAUGCUUGGUUGAUUUUGGAAACUCUGAUUACUCUGAGAAUUUCUUUACAAAUUCAAGCUUUGGAAGGUACACAGUUAUUGAUCGAGAUGGAAAAUGGAUGUUGGCAAAUAAAUUUACUUGCGUCAUUUAUGAAGAAGAACUGAAUAUGCAGACACCAGAAGUUUUCUUAAAAUACGAUACGAAUACAGGGAAAAUGCUGCUUACUGUCUACUCCGAAGAAUUUUUAUGGCGAGAAGACUCACAAGAAUCUGGCGUUAAUUGCUUCACAAUAGCAGACAACGAACUUAUUAAAGUCACAAAAAUUAAAUCUCGAUUGUGGUCAGAAACAAUUAAAAAUUAUGACAUGAAAUUAUUUGAUGGCUCCAAAUCACGCGAGAUUACUAAAUCAAUCUACGAGCUUAAGCUUUAUGGAAGUGGCCCAGGAAUCUACUGGUGUGAAGGUCACAUGAUUCAAAACUUAAAGUUAAUAAAAUCGAAAGAAGUCAUUGCUAGGAAAAAUAUUGAUGGAUUUGUGUUAGCGUUGAAAUUGCAAUCUAAAAUUAAUUUCACUAAAGAUUCAAUUUAUGAUGAAGAUUUCUUGGAUUAUGAAACGAAGGAACUAAAAAGUUUGAUGACAAAUUCGAACAGUUUGGAUUUUUAUGAGAAGGUGACGGCUGAUUGCAUCAAAGAUAUUCGUGUUGUUAAAAUUGAUUCAUUUGAUAAGAAAUCAUUGUUGAUGACAGCAGUUUAUCAUGUGACAGUGUUAAAAAGUUCUAGUGAUAGCUCAAGUAGUAGCAGCAGCAGCAGCAGUGAAGAGUAUCGUGACUUUAUGGAAAAGUAUGCUGAUAAAUUUGAAACUAUAAAGGUUUUGGUGACGCAUCAAGUAAUGACUUAUGUGGAAUCAAUUCUAAUGAAAGUUGGUGGUUCCAAAUACAAAUUUCUCUCCAUUCAAAGCACAGAGUUUUGUCUCCCAGAAACAAUUAAGAACCCUAACAUGUUGUCAGAAGUUUUGGUGUGGGAACAAGCGCAGAUUGGUGAAACUUUACCUCCGACAAAUCUCUGCCUAGAUCGUUCUGGUCUUCCUUUAACAAGGAAAUGUAUUGGCGACUUUCUUAACGGUGGUCAGUGGCAAACUCUUUCAGAACAAGAUCUUCAAUGUGUUGACAAAGAAAUUCUCAGUCUACACACAAAAAGGCUUUUCUCGUUUGACAAGCAACUCAACCCAAAUGAAACUCACGAUGUCAUUGACAACAUGACAUCGAUAAGUUCACAUUAUGACCAACUCAUUCCUGCAGAUCUUUUUUACAUUUCAAGGGCUGUUCAACAUCUUACAAGCGUCACUGACGUCACACAACCAACAAUCGUUAAUUUAAAUUCCACAGAUCUUGACGACAAAUAUAAUUUAACAAUCAUUAUGAACAACAUCAUGAACGUGAAUGCGAGCUUCAUUCAAUUGUCACAACUAAAGCUUAAUACGACAAAUAUCCUCUUGGACUCUUAUGACAAUUUAAUCAAUUCACUGUCGACGAAUUAUUCAAUUUAUGCCGCCUUCAACAACAACUUAAUCAAUGAUACGGAUGGGACGUUCAUCAUGCGAACAGAGAAAAUCGUCGUGUUUAUGUGUGAUCCGGGACGAAUGAAUGUAAGUGGAAUGGCGCUCAUCAGAAAUCCGAGUGAAAUACAAAACAACUUAUUAGAUUACAAAAUUGUUAAACUUUAUGCUACACAAUCCAUUGAUGAUGUUUUAAAUAUCUAUCAAGAUACAUUGGAGAUUGCAAGUUUCUUUCCGCAAGAGCUUUUAAAUCGAAUUGACGAGAUUCACAAAUUGGAUGUGAAUGAAACAAACUUUUCAACAGAACCAGUGAAGAUUGUCGUGAAAGUUUUCUAUAACGAUGCAAUCUUUAGGGAAAGCAAUCGAGUCUCUUCAUACAAGUCGCAAAGUAAAAUUAUCAGCGUUUCAAUUCCUGGUCACGAUGAAAAUCUUCCACUCCUAUUGCCAAUCAUGUUUAAGAAGUCAGAAACAACACAGCAAUCUGAUGCUGAUGUUUGCGGUUAUUGGGAGUUUCAGCCAAGUGGAAGUUCCUUGGGUUCAAGUGAAUGGAUGCAACAAGGCUGUGAAUUGCUUGGAAUCUCAAAAUAUGACGAAAACCUUGCACUCUGUGGAUGUUCACAUUUAACUCAUUUUGCUUAUUUAAUUAUGGGUGAAUUUGUUCACGAUGUUGAUCCAGGACCGGAUGUUAUCGUUAUUGAAAAUAGUGUUCAUACAAGAGCCUUAAACACAAUCACGUUGCUUGGUAGUGCGCUUUCAAUUAUUGGAUUAGUUGGAAUUUUUGUCACAGCGGUUUUGUUUCGUUCGUGGCGUGAAAAAGCAAGUACGAAAGUUCUUCUUCAACUUUCAUUAGCAAUCGCACUUCAAAUGGUUUUAUUCAGUUUCUUUAGCACUGAAAAGCAUACAUUCACUAUCGACACUUUAACUGAAAAACGAGCGUGUGUUGCUUUAGGUGCAAGUUUGCACUACUCAGUUCUUGUCACUUUCUCAUGGAUGCUGAUUACAGCUUUCUUACAAUUCAAACGUUAUGUAAUCGUUUUGGGAAAUUUAAAGCCGGAGAGAUUCUUCUUGAAAUCUUUUAUUGUAGGGUGGGGAAUGCCAAUGAUUCCAAUUGUCGUUGUUUUGAUUAUUGAUCCGCUUCUUUACAUUCCCGAAAUCUACGGGAUUUGUUAUCCACAAGGCUACGCAUUCUAUUUCAGUGUUUUACUCCCGAUUGGAUUAAUUGUCAUCGCAAAUUUAAUAAUUUUUAUUUUUGUGAUUUUUAACAUUUUAAGAAGUCGAUCAGCAAACUCUGCAAGUCUUAGAAAAAAUGAGAAAAGUUUGACGCUUUCUCAACUUCGAGUAUCAGUUUUUCUCUUCUUCCUUCUUGGUUUAACUUGGAUUUUUGGUCUUCUUUCUUCAUCAGGAGCAACAAUUAUAUUUUCUUAUCUUUUUUGUCUAACUGCGACUAUUCAAGGAUUCGUUUUAUUUUUAUACUUCAUUGUCAUGGAUCCAAUUACAAGAAAUUUAUGGCGCGAAAGCUUUCGUUCGUGGAAAUCUGGCAAAUGA